AUGUUAUCACAUUUUCCCUUCUUAUUUGACCGCCAGGAGAGUGCCGGUGUGAACUGUGGUCAGAGGUUAUCUGCUAGUGGCCAGAACACAAAAGAGCAGCAGGUCAGGAGGAUGAGGGAGGCUCUGGCCCUUUGUCAGUCCUGUUGUAGCCAUGGAGCCACAGAGCAGCCCUCUGAUUGGCAGGAGAACUGGGCCCUGAUGGCUCUAGAGGACGUGAAGAGAGGAGGGUCUGUCCACCUGCACUACAAAAAGACUGAGCCACUUGAUCUGCCGUUUGACUUGCUGGCGGUGAGGUACCCAAAGCUGGCACUGGAGAAUCUGAGUGUUAACUAUUUGCUGUAUCAGAAGAAGAAGCCUUUCUCAGACGGUGGAAGCUCUAAGCCAGUAUCUGCUGGUUCCUUGAUGAAGAAAGCCCCUCUGAUGUUGAAGAAAGACAACAGUUUCGUUCGCGUGCCGUCUAUGAGGCCAAGGUCGUUUGGAGAUGUUAUCCGGAACCCGGUGAGUCUGGACUACUUCAAGCGCUUUCUGCGUUUCCACUAUGCCCAAGGAGCGCUGCUCUUCACACUGGAAGUAGAGAAGCUGAGAGCAAUCGACCGGCCCAAACCUCAGAAGAUCAAAAUCCUCGCCAUCGUGAAUAAGUUCUUACGCCGGGAGGACCCCAUGGGCUACCUGCAGUGCAAUGCUGACAUCAUCUCCCAGGCGACUCAGAUGAGAACCGUUUCCUGUGAGGUUCUCUACACCAUCCAAGACCUGGUCACCAAGUCACUGGAAGGAACAUGGUUCAAGCAGUACCAAGACACGUUCCCACCCUGUCCUGCUGUGGGCUCAGAGUCCUGCCUGAGAGGAGCCAUACUGAAGACCAAACUGAAAAAUGUCUGGAUGGUGUUUUGCCGAUUCAUCAAGACAGUCUGUAAGUUUCAAAACGCCAUGAAGGAUCCUCGCACGAGGACUGAGUUUGAGCUGUACCUGAGAAUGAGCUACCGCCACUUCUCCGAAUCAUGUGACUCCCGUGCCCCUCCUAAAGAAGAGGGGGAUACCUCCCACAUGAAGAGACGGGUCAUUAACGGUAAAGUCAUCAUCAUUGACUUCCUCAUCAACGACCUAUCGUUUUACCUGGAGAGUGAGAGGUUCAGGAACCUGGCAGAUUCAGGCACAGUGAUGGCGUCUGCAGGGAUGUAUGGAGAGAAUGACCAUGCUAUGCUACACCAGAAGGCUGACAUGAUCAUCAAGAUUUUCCUCAAGUCAGAGAUCUCUCCCAAACUCAGGAUAAACAUAGCUGAGACCCAGAGGGAUGCCAUACUGCAGCUGUGCUCCACAGGGAAAGUAGACAGAGGACUGUUCCACCCAGCUAUCAUAACCAUCUUCCCCAACCUUGUCUUCUGCUGGAAAAAGUUCUGUAAUCAGAAGUUGACGAAGAACCUGGAUGGAGUCAAGGCUACUAAGAAGCAGGAGGUCUCCUCCACCCCAGACUACAUGGGCCCACUGUUCAUAGACAACGACUGGUACAGCAAGGUCAAAACCAUCAUGUCCAUGACAGAGGACCACACCACUCUGAGGUUUACAGUCCACCAUGGACUCAAACUGAUCCUGCCUCAAGCCAUGCUGGAUCUGAAGCGGUCACACAAUAAUAUGCCACUGCCACACAAGGCCCCCAGUCCCCAGAGAUCUGUGCCAUCCUACAGCGGGCCACACGCUGACCACCCAGGGUUGGACGCACAUCACAAACCCCUGCGACACAGUUUCCACCCACCACCAGCAGAGAGCAGCAUAGGCCAAGAUGGAUCCUCUUUCUGAUCAGUGAGGACGAGUAGAGCGGCCAGUUGCGUUGA